AUGGUCGCUGCUCCUUUGUCUCUUCGCUGCUGCUACUGCAGCAGCAGCAGCAGCAGCAGCAGGCUGUGCUGUUCCAGGUGUACAGCCACCUCAAGCAGCAGACUCGCUAGUGGGCGCCUGCAGCGGGGGGCCCCUCAGUUGCUGCUGCUGCUGCUGCUGCUGCUGCAGCUGCUGCUGCACUCCCCUGCUGCUGCGAUCUCGCUGCAGCAGGAAACAGCUGCCCCCCCUUCAUGGGGCGUUUCAAGGGCGGGGUACACCAAGUCUGCUGCUGCUGCUGCUGCACCUGCUGCUGCUGCAGCAGCAGCAGCAGCAGCAGCGUCUGAGCCGCGGCAGCAGCAGAUGGGUGCCUUCAUUGCUUCUCCCCCCACACAACCGAGCAGCAGCAACCAUCUGCAGCAACAGCAGCAGCACACCGUAGCAGCAACUGCAGCAGAAGGCCCAGCACCAGCAGCAGCAACAGCAGCAACAGCAGCAGCAACAGCAGCAGCAGCAGCAGCACGAAAUACGCGUCUAUUUGGCAACUGCUGUUUCACAGGUGGUGAGGCUCAAUUCGUGAGCAGCAGCAGCAGCAGCGACGACAGCAGCAGCAGCAGCAGCAGCAGCGACACCCCCACACCACCGCCAGCAGCAGCAGCAGCAGCAGCAGCAGCAGCAACAACACCACAGAUUCCUCGUGUGGGGCCCUCCACCGCGGGGCCCCGCCCCGACUGGUUUCAUGUGCCGGCACCCAGGGGCCCCGGCUCUCGCUUCGCGCUGCUGCAGCAGCAGAUUAGGGGUUUGAAGCUGCAUACUGUGUGUGAAGAAGCCAAGUGCCCCAACAUAGGCGAAUGCUGGGAGGGGGGGACGGCGACGCUGAUGCUGCUGGGGGAUACAUGCACGCGUGGCUGUCGGUUCUGUGCUAUCAAAACCUCCGCUAAACCCCCGCCCCCAGACCCCCUCGAACCCCAAAAAGUGGCUGAGGCGGUGGCGCAGUGGGACAUAGAUUACGUGGUUCUUACAAGCGUAGACAGGGUUUAG